CGAUCGCCCGAAAUGCAAUCGGGGAAGAGAGCGACGGAGUCCGUGAAGGAGGCGGCGGCCGGCAUCGCGGCCUCGGCGCAGGCGGGGAUGGAGAAGACCAAGGCGACCGUGCAGGAGAAGGUGGAGAAGGCGACGGCCCGGACGCCGGCGGAGAAGGCCGCGGCGGAGGCGAAGAAGCGGGAGAAGGUCCGUGAGGCCGAGAUCGUGAAGCAGGAGGCGAUGCGGCGCCACGAAGAGCCGGAGGUGGUGGCGGGGCACCCGAUCGGCGGGCAAGGCGUGGAGGGGGUGGCGGAGUCACUGCCGAUCGGCAGGGCGACGGGGACGGGGCGGCCAUCGGCGGGGCAUAACCCCUUCGUGGGAUCGGAGGAGCCGGUGGCGCGUGGCACGGGCGACCACUACACUUAGAAAUCAAGAGCGCGGAGUAAUUUUGUUAAUGUACCGAUCGUGUUAAUUAGCGAUAAGGACGGUUGGAGUGCGUACUUGCGUUUGAAAAUAAAUGUUUUCUUAAAUAAAUAAACAAAAAAUAAAUGGUUUGUUCC